AAGCAAGAGUUGGAGAAAACAAUGGCUGCCCUGGAAGUAUCCGAUGGCAAGUUAAAGCUAAGAGAAAGAACUUGCCCUGCGGCAAUGGCUGCCCAAGCAGCCACAGAGAAGUCUCUGCAGCCAGCUGAUAGCAAGGUUGCAAAACUACGUGACCAGAUUAAGGAAAUAAUGAAGCAAUUAGAAGAAGCAGAGAAGAGAGAAGAGACGCUGUAAAGACAGACGAAUAAGUUGGCCAUGGCGAGUCUUGAAAAUGAACACGUUUGCUAAAUGCUAACACAAAUACUGAGUUCGAAAUGUACAACAGAUGCUUCGGGAAAUGCAGGCCUGACUUCACUCUAGUGCCUGAUGGAAUUGAAUUUCAUGGUCUUUAUCUUCUCUCUUCAUUUAUUUCUUUUUUUUCUUGUUAAAAAAAAACGACUGUUAAAAAU